AGGUUUAGUCUUAGACUUAGCAAAAAUUGCGUCGAAUUUCUAGAUUGGAAAAAAUCAAUGCUAAAAUCUAAGAAAUCUAACGCCAAAUUGUCAAGACUAUUACCUUUCAUCCCAGUUUUUUAAAUGACCCAGUGCGCUCCCGAUCUGAAUCCGCGCGACUUGGCGUAUUUUUAGAAUUCGUGAAAUGUUAUUUCGCAUACGCCAGAUUCAUAGACGAUAUGGUAUGUUACGUAAAGUUAUGCGGUGAAGGUAAAGUUUGAGUCGAUUUUGUGAAAUAUUGCGGGAAUUUAAUAAUUAAGCGUGAAAAUGGAUGUGUGUCCCGACGUCUGGGGUCAGUUGGCCUUGGAGGCAUCACAAGUAUAUUUGACAGAAGGGACCGGGGCCAGGAGUCCAUUUGCAGGAACGACCAUAGAAAAGCUUCCUGACAAAGUGCUUCUACAUAUAUUCAGUUAUCUCAGCCAUAAGGAAAUAUGCCGUAUGGCAAGAAUUUGUAAAAGAUGGAGAAUGAUAGCCUACGACACAAGACUAUGGAAGAACGUAUCACUCCGUCCGGAAAUAUCUGGACUUCACGUGGGCUCGUUGGAAUCACUUUUGGCGUUGAUUAGCGUUAGAUUCGGGCCAUCUUUAAGGUACAUAGAACUUCCUAUAGAACUUAUAACUCAUACCGUGCUUCACGAAUUAGCCAACAAGUGUCCAAACUUAACGCAUAUGCUUUUGGACUUCUCAACUGCUAUGCAACUUCAUGAUUUUAGUGAGCUUCAAGCGUUUCCCACAAAACUUAAAUACCUUUGCAUAUGUUUAUCGGAAGUAAUAUUUAUGGAAGGUUUUAUGAGGAAGAUCUACAAUUUCAUCAACGGUCUGGAAAUUUUACAUCUAAUCGGUACGUAUGAGAAAGUCGAAGAGGAAGAAGAAGAAAUUUACGAAGUAAUCAAUGUGCACAAAUUGAAAUCGGCUACUCCAAACUUAAGAGUAAUUAAUUUGUAUGGCAUAAAUUUCGUCGAUGACAGUCAUAUUGAUGCGUUUAGUUCGAACUGUAUUCAGUUGGAGUGUUUAGCUGUCAACUUUUGCAACAAGGUAACCGGUAGUACUCUGAAAACGCUGUUUCAAAGAAGUAGACGAUUAAAAUGCCUAUUGAUGAACGGAACAAACCUCCAAAGUAACCAUCUAUUGCAAGUCGAAUGGGAGAAAUGUUCACUACAGGAACUGGAUAUCACCGCAACUGAUUUAUCGACAGAGUGCCUGCAGGACAUGCUCACAAGACUACCAGGCUUGAGAUUCCUAAGCGCUGGGCAGAUCAAUGGCUUUAAUGAUUCUGUAUUGAAGUCAUGGAUGGAAGUCGGAAAUCCACGAAAUCUGUUGGCACUGGAUUUGGACAGUUCCGACAAUUUAUCUGAAGAUGCCAUUUACAAGUUCCUUUGCAAACAUGGACACCAAUUAAUGGGUCUUGGAUUGUCGGGAAUGACUCAUAUCACCGAUUCUUUAUGGCAAUCGAUAUUGCCAAUUUUGACAAACUCAAGAAUUCUAGUAAUGGGAACUCAAGAAAGGUUGGGCGUGAACAUACUGGCGGACCAACUAAUGGACAGUAUCGCAAAAAACUGUAUCCAUCUGGAAAGGAUCGAGUUAAGAUGGGAUCCGGAUAACUUGCGUUUUUCGGAUAAAAGUCAAAAGGCAAUCGAUACUUUGAGGGUGAAGUGUCUCAAAUUGAAAUGUUUGAGUCUGAGGUAGUACAGAGUGACUCACCGAAAACAUAGCGAUAACGACGGAAGAUAUUAUGAAAUAGUAAAAGCAAACUUCGAGAGAGCUGACAGAAUGACCGUAGUCAGAACUUUGACAAAUUGCCGGGUAUCAAACUACUAUCUGUUGUCCAAC